CUACCGUAUAUCUUUCGCGACUGAAAUUAGGAACGAACAGUCAAAUUCUAUUGUACAUAAUUAUUGCUUAAGUUAAUUCUUAAAUAGAACCGGAGCGUUUGGAAUUGUGAUUAACCGAACGCAAGUUCUAUUCUACAUUGUUUAUGGUAUAGUGUAAGUGGACUACCGAAUAUCACGGGGAAGAAAAGUAGCGUGCUUUUGAAUAUAAGCUACUACUAGGCUGAAGCAAGAGUACUAUCAACCAUGGCCAACACACUCAACCUAUGGGUCGAACCUUCGGAGGAGCAGGAGGCUUUAUCCGGUGGUUCACCACCGGAUGCAAAAAAACGGAGAAUAUUACAAGAAAGCGAUGCAGUGCGAGGGAAUGAAGCGGUUGCAGCGGCAGCGGCGUCGGGGGUGGUUACCGAUCCUCCUGCGGACCCGAAAGCCCCAUCCUCGGGAUCAUCUUUUGGGCAGUUUUCGGAAAAAUCCGUCCGUAUGAUGCAGCAGAUGGGCUACAAGGCAGGCACUGGUCUGGGCAAAUCCGGCCAAGGCCGGAUAGAUUUAAUAGAAACAUCUUCUCAAAAGGGACGAAGCGGUUUAGGUAUGAAAAUGGAUCAACUUGAUAGCGCAGCUACGCAGUUCGACGCUACAGAAGAGGUCAUAACAAUGCCCGAAGAAAUUGUCUGGCUGUACAAUUGCUCAAAGGUGGACGAUCCGGAGAUCACCCAAGAGCAGCUGAAUAUUUGGCUGGUGAUUGGUCCUGCAAAGCGUACCAUUGACGACGAGACCCGCUUCUGUGAUCCGAAGGUGCUGCAACAAAUCAUAGAGGGAAAAUCCGUUUUCGAUCUACUAGGCGCAGGGGAUAUGCGCAAAGCGCGGUACCGCUCAAAUCCAUUCGAGCUAAUUAGAAACAAUAUUUUUAUGAAUCGCGCCGCGGUUAAGCUGGCCAAUCUAGACUCGAUGUGCAACUGGACGAUCACGCAACCACUGGACCGAGAUGGUCAACUGCUGGUGAAGGACGACGAAGUGUUUUACUUCGCGGAUGUGUGCGCAGGGCCUGGUGGGUUUUCCGAGUAUAUGCUCUGGCGAAAGGGCUGGCGAGCAAAAGGAUUUGGUUUUACGCUCCGGGCUCUGAAUGAUUUCAAAUUAGAGGCUUUUAUUGCCGGAACACCGGAAACGUUCGACCCGUACUACGGACCACAUGAGGAUGGCAACAUCUACGAUCCGGUCAAUAUUGAUGGGUUCAGCGAGUACGUGUUAAGUCAGACAAAUAACGGCGUGCAUCUAAUGUUGGCCGACGGUGGAAUUUCGGUCGAAAACGAAGAAAACAUUCAAGAAAUUCUGACGAAGCAACUCUUCCUGUGCCAGGUGAUUGUGGCUCUCGAUAUCGUGCGCCCGAAUGGCAGCUUGGUGCUAAAAGUAUUCGAUCAGUUUACACCGUUUAGCGUCGGGCUCGUCUAUCUUUUAUAUCGGUGUUUUGCGCAGAUUUCGAUCUGCAAGCCCAACAGUAGCCGACCAGCUAACUCGGAGCGUUACAUUGUAUGCAAGUGGAAGAAAUCGAAUGCCGGUAUCGUUGCGAAACAUUUAAAGGACGUCAACCGGCGUAUGUUUGAGAAGGCGGACCCAGAAACAGACAUACUCGAGCUGGUGGCCGAUUCAGUGAUACGCGAGGAUCGCGAAUUCUUCGAAUACGUACGAAACAGUAACGAUCAGUUCGGCCGAAACCAAGUGAAUGCACUGCAGAAGAUUGCCGCGUUCUGCCGGAACCGCGAUCUGGUCGAGUCCCGCCAGCACGAGGUGAAAAACCGAUGCCUGGAACUGUGGAGUCUCCCUGACGCAAGCCGCACGGUUCCGAAGACCAAAGGUGACCCUGACCAGUACAUCGAUAAGUUUUACGAAAUUUGGCGGACACUGGCGAAAUCUGUCGGCCUGCCGGAACGAAGUCUGGUGCCGGAUCUGCGAGUAAGCUUCCCAUCAGCUCACGACUGGUAUUUCGUGCCGAUUGGUAACGCCAACAACCAGGGUAAGAAUCUUCGAUCGAUGCUACUCGGCAAAGGUGGGAAGGAAGUAUAUAAAUUUGAUGCGAAGCAGCGCAGCUGGACACUAGUGAAGGACAUCGCGAUUGAGCUGCCGCCUAAAACGAUCAUCUACGGGGAAAUCGUCAGAGAACUGCAGGGCGAAGGAAAGUCGCAGAUCGUCAUCAACACGCUGCACAUCAUCGAUGGGCUGGUGUUGGGUGGUGAGGACAUCCGCUGUCUGCCGUUGGCCAAGAGGAAUGCCCGCUGUCACCAGUUUGCGAAAGCGCUCACCAAGCCAAUCACGAACACCGGAACGGGCGAUGUAAUUUCCACGGCAUCAUCCGCGAACACCGGUUCUUCGCUGCAAAUCAGAGCCAAGCAGCUCUACUCUCUCUUUGACAUGGAAAUGUUUUUCAGUUCACUGAAAUCGUGCGAACUAAAGGCCGGCAACAGUCGGCUCGGCUAUCGCGUAACAAAUAUUAUUAAUCCGGAUCGUUUGUACGUUCCCUAUGGAUUGCUUUUCCUUCGAGAAGUAAAACCAGAUUACAUGAAAACAUUGUCAAAGAAGCAGAACAAAUUUUACUAUUUUCACACGAAAACGAAGGAAUCACGCUUUCCUGAACAGUUUAACAAUCAGGAAAAGGAAACGCUUGCUACAUUCGAUGAAACUUUCCAUACGCGUCUCUUCUGGGAGUGGACACAUGUGCAUCAAGUGCAGACCAAAGUAGAGGAGAAACGGUGCGAUCAGGUUUACCGUGUUGAUUUCAAUAACUAUCUCAAAACAAACUACUCGUGCUAGAGAAUGGACAGAAAGGAUAGAGUGAAGAGAAGGAAUGGAAGUGUAAAUUUCAAAUGUGAAUUUAAAGCUCCUUUCACACCGAGAGCCGUUUUCUAACACGCCACAGUUGGCGUUUUUUGACGCAAAAGCUUAAGCUCGCUGCUCACACCGAGAUUGCACGCAGGUGGAUCGAAAACACACGAAAAAUACCAACAUCUCAAUACCGGCACUUUCUCGAAUGAUCAUAAAUGGAUUAAUAUACAGUAUGCAAAAAAGUUUAUCCACCCCUUGCAAACAAUUUAGAUUUUGACUGAUUUUUCAUGAAAACCCUCAGCCUAAAAAUGCGUAUCAUAUAUCAAUAGUUUUGUUUUUUAUUCUUCUUUACUUUGCUUUUUACUGAUCUGAAAAAUACCUCCUAGAAACAAAGAUAUUACAGAAACAGUGGAGCAAGGUACGAAAAGCACGCAAAAAAAGUUUAUCCACUCUCAUGUAUUUUAUUGUAUGGUGUUAUACAGUUUUUACUCCAAAAUAAUCAAACAGCCAUUUUACCUCUCAAUUUCAAAAAUGUACAUUAGUUCUCUAGUCCCAAAUACAUCUUUUGAGGCCCAUUGGAAGGUUUUAUCGCCACAAAUGAUAGAGUUAUGGACCUAAGAAGCACCUAAUAAGGUAAUAAUCGCUAGGCUGAGGGUUUUCAUGAAAAAUCAGUCAAAAUCUAAAUUGUUUGCAAGGGGUGGAUAAACUUUUUUUGCAUACUGUAUACACAUGUGCAAAAACUACUGUAAUUUGAACGCAUUCAUGCCAAAACAAUAGCAAAAUUGAAGUGGCGUGUUAGAAACUCUGGCCAACUCUGGCGUGUUAGAAAACGGCUCCCGAUGUGAAAGCAGCUUAAACUGUUGAACAGCGAAAUAAACCAAA